GUUUUGCCCAUGGAUUCGCUCCAGCACUCGUACCACACCGGAGGACUACAACAAGAUACUGUUCUUUUUUGUGGUUGUCACUUUUCCGUAGUAACGCCUUUACACACCAUGACCACUGGUGCAGUGUUAAAGACACUCCCGGGAUUGUGUCUCUGUUAAGGGACACCAGUGUCUCUCGGCGGCGGCAGCGUCGUUGGGAUGAGAUCAGCUCAUCCAAGUGCCUGGAAUAAAUAAGGUGACGUUUUAACGGGCUACUCCAUCCUUAGCUCGCUAGCGUGGGCAUUUCUGUAUAUCCCUCUGUCCACCCCAUUCCUCCCUCCCUCCCUUCCUUUUCUUCUUGGGUCUGUAAAUAAGCUGGGGCUGUGUAGUCCCCCGAGAGUCCCCCUCCCCUCCUCCCCCCACUCUUCUCCACCACAGCUUUCCCCCUCAAACUCCUGUGCGCGCUCAGACUCUGCUUCUGUUGGAAGGCCCUGGGGAUGAUCCACUGGGCCACUCUGAUGCACAUCGUCCACACAGCCUAAGACAGGAAAGACUAACCAGUGUGAGUGUGAGAGAGCCCUUGGAGGAGGGCAGUGAGUAUCCUGCGAAGCCCGUUCACCGAGCCUGGCACAAAGCUUGGCUUGCCCCUUCACUACUUCAGCCCCUGAGAUGCCCUCUCCUCCCAAUGAUGGAGAGGAUCAAGGAGCGUCCCCCAUGAACGGGCCAUCUGUGGGCUCCUAUCACAGCAGUGGGAAGAGGAAGGUGCGCAUGAAAAAGAAAAAAGGAUCCAUCAGCGCCAACGUCGUAGGCACCAAAUACGAGAUUGUUCGUAUAGUCAUCAACGAGAUGGACUUCAUGAAGACGCGGGACGACGACGAGACCGCCAACCUCAUCUGGAAUGACUCUGCUGUGCAGCACGAGAAAAUCGCUGAGCUCAGGAAUUAUCAGAGAAUUAACCAUUUCCCUGGCAUGGGCGAAAUCUGCCGGAAAGACUGUCUAGCAAGAAACAUGUCCAAAAUGAUCAAGUGCCAGCCUCAAGAGUACAGCUUCAUACCCAAAACCUGGAUCUUCCCUGCCGAGUACACGCAGUUCCAGAACUACGUCAAAGAGCUACGCAGGAAACGCAAGCAGAAGACCUUUAUCGUCAAACCUGCCAAUGGAGCCAUGGGUCACGGGAUCUCACUUAUCCGAAACUGUGAGAAGUUGCCAGCCCAGGAACACUUUAUCGUUCAGGAGUAUCUGGACAAGCCCUUCCUGAUGGAGGGCUACAAGUUCGACCUACGCAUCUACAUCCUUGUCACUUCCUGUGACCCACUUCGCAUUUUCCUCUACAAUGACGGCUUGGUUCGUAUGGGCACUGAGAAGUACCAUGCACCGAGUGAGGCCAACCUGAGCCAGCUCUACAUGCAUCUGACCAACUACUCGGUCAACAAACACAAUGAAAACUUCGAGCGAGACGAGACAGUCGACAAAGGCAGCAAGAGGUCCAUCAGUUGGUUCACGGAGUUCCUCCGCACCAAUGACUAUGACGUGGCCAAAUUCUGGGGUGACGUCUCUGAGCUGGUGGUUAAAACAUUAAUAGUGGCUGAACCCCACGUGCUGCACGCCUACCGCAUGUGCCGCCCUGGCCAGCCACCAGGGAGCGACAGUGUCUGCUUUGAGGUCCUGGGCUUUGACAUCAUCCUGGACCGCAAACUCAAACCAUGGCUACUGGAGAUCAAUCGAGCGCCAAGCUUUGGGACCGAUCAGAAGAUUGAUUACGAUGUGAAGAAAGGGGUGCUGCUCGAUGCUCUCAGACUCCUCAACAUAAGGGCAAGCGAUAAGAAACGCAACCUGGCCCAGCAAAAGGCAGAGGCGCAGAGACGACUCUAUGGACACGGCUCCGUGAAGAAACUUUCCGCUACUUCCUCAGACUGGGAAAAGCAACGUCACACGCUGGAGAGAAGGAGAGAAGAGCUGAAAGAGCGGCUGGCACAGGUCCGCAAGCAGAUUUCCAGGGAAGAGCAUGAAAAACAGCAUCUGGGGAACUACAGACGUAUUUACCCUCCAGACGACAAGCUGCUGUUGGAGAAGUAUGAAAGCCUCCUCUCGGCCGCCUUUCAGACCUUCCUUGCUGGGCGAGCUGCCUCACUUCAAAAGGAAAUGAAUAAUCCUCUGAAACAAAUGAAGGAGGAGGACAUCUUGGAUCUGUUAGAGCAGUGUGAACUGGACGACGAGAAGCUUAUGGGCAAAUCCUCCAGGCAACGAGGCCCUAAGCCCUUGACUGCUAUGCCAGAAUGCAGCCAGACACCAAGGCGACAACGACCAGACUACCUGGCUGACUUCACCAGCGGCAGCAGCGCGGAAAACUCAUGCUCCUCCUCUGAUGAAGAGGAGGAGGAGGAGGACAGGAGGAAAUCAGGAGGAGGAGGAGGAGGUGGACGAGGUGGAGAGAAAAAGGAGAAGAAAGUUUCUUAUGACCUUGGGGAGAGCAAGGACAAGAACGUGGCUGAGCGCUCAGGUCGUAUGCACUGGAAACCGCCAGUCAAGUCGCCCAAAACCAAUCCGGCCCCCUCUGCUUCACCAACACUUUCUGGUCCAAUCAGGCGCUCCAUCUCCUGCCCUCGCUCCAUUGCCUCCCUCUCAUCACCCAGUGAGGUGCGAGCACUGUGCACCAGGCCUUCUCCUACACUUCCCAUGGCCACUCCCCUCAUCAGGCCAAGCUCCGCCACACUGCGCUCUCACUCGCUGAGCCGCAGUGGCUCCGCCUACCGUGUGCCUCACAGCAACAGCCUGGGGACCAUCCACACCAACAUGGGCGAUGCUCUCAUAAACCUGAGGAGUAAAGAGCAGGAGGCAGAGCUGGUGCAUCAGACUCUGGCUGCUCUCACUGCCAUGAGGAUCAGGUUUCCUGGCAAAACCGAGGAAGAGGCCGAGGCUGUGCUGGAUGAGAUCCUUGACAACUGGAAAUACCAUAAACCAAAGGUGGCCUCCUAUUGGUUAGUGAAGCUGGACUCAACCAAACAACGGAAGGUGUUGGACAUUGUUCGUACCAAUGUGCGCUCGGCACUGCAGCGGAUCUGGAGGGAGCCAGAUGUCGACAGCCUCCACCUCUACCGGCUCUUUAACCGCGUUUUCAACCGGCUGCUCUGGAGUCACGGGCAGGGCCUUUGGAACUGCUUCUCCAACACUGGCUCAUCGUGGGAGACCGUCUUCAGUAAGAGCAGUGAAGUCGUGUCACCCCAGGAGCUGCAAUGCUGCCGCCGGCUGGUCCAGCUGUGCCGAGACUGCCUUUUAGUCGUCUACAAGUUUGUCUCUGAGUCCCGUGGCUCUUUGACUGGACUCAGCCCCGAAUGGGAUGAUACCAGGUAUCUGCUGCCAGUGACCUCACAGUUCAUCAUGAAGUGGCCUUCGUCCAGCUUUGUCCGCAUCUCCGCGGCCAUGCCACGCUCGAGCAGCCUCUUCCCCGCCAGAAUGGGACACUUCUGAGGUCACUGUGGCAACACUGCCUUCUGACCUCGACCACCCCAUCAUCCCUCACACCCCACCCCCCCAAUUCACUCAGCCAAUCUCCAAUCUCAGCAAUCCUGGUGUGGAACUGAACUUUGGGCAGCUCUGGACAUGGGAUGGAGCCUCAUGUUCGGCCAAAAAUAUCCACAAGUUGAACAAUAAAUGAUUGCUAAAGGGCCUUAUUCAGUUUAGUUAUGUUUGGCCCUGCUCAGACCAGCAGACCUCACAUACCCUGGAACCUUCCCUUUAGCCCCCAUAACAUCAGACAAUGGGUUCCCGCCCCCCCCCUCCUCAUUGUACUUGCUGUAUAAUACCUACUCACUGUACAGUUAUAACUUAAGGUACUGUAAAAGGAAAGAAUAACAACUACUAAACAAUGCAAGGAUUAUUUAUUUAUGGACUUAUUUAUAUUGUAAGGUAUUCCAUGAAUGCAGUGAAUGUGGAUGCAGAGUGCAGAUGUGGAAUGAUUUCAACAGAGCUAUCCCUUGUUAGAGAAAAUGGCUUUAAAAAAAAAAAGAAGAAUAUUUUUUUGCGUCUGUAUUAUG